GGCCGCUGGGCGCCUUAUGCGGGCUUGGCUCGCCCGCUCGACGCUGGGUCGAGGCGCCCGCCUCGCUUGUCUAUGUGAAGAAAAAGGGAGGGAGGGAGCGAAAGCAGACAGGCGCAGGCGCAACACCCGCCCGUCUGCUUGCCUGCAGCCCGGGCUUUCUCAGCGCAGUUGCCGGGGAGUUGAUGGUAGCGCCGGAGCGCGGCCAGGACAGCGUACCACGGGGUCCCGAGCUCAAAAUGUGCCGCCGGGAGAGAGGCAGCGGCUCCGGGGGGUCGAAACGGGACAGGGACGGGCGUCCUUCGGGGACCAGUCGCCAUUCCUGACCUGCCUGCGUCCUAUUCCCCACCCGGCGCUCCCCCCAAAGAAUGUCAGCCAAGUCCAAGGGGACAACCUCCUCCUCCGCCACCUCCUCCUCGGUGUCCUCUCCGGCCGAAGGGCCGCCGGCCGCCUCCAAAGCCAAGGUGAAGGAGCAGAUCAAGAUAAUCGUGGACGAUUUGGAAUUAGUCCUGGGGGAUCUGAAGGACGUGGCCAAAGAGCUGAAGGAGGUGGUUGACCAGAUUGAUACACUCACUUCUGACCUACAGCUUGAGGAUGAGAUGACUGACAGUUCCAAAACUGACACAUUGAACAGCAGCUCAAGUAGCACAACAGCAUCAAGUUUGGAAAAGGUCAAGGUGCGAACCAACGUACCACUCAUCAAGCCCCCAGCCCAUCCAUCUGCCAUUCUCACAGUAUUAAGGAAGCCCAAUCCACCACCACCUCCUCCAAGGUUGACUCCUGUGAAGUGUGAAGACCCUCAAAGACCAGUUAUCCCUGCCAAUCCUGUAAAAACUAAUGGGACUCUAUUGCGAAAUGGAGGUUUACCAGGAGGACCAAAUAAAAUUCCUAAUGGAGAUAUAUGUUGUAUACCUAAUAGUAACUUGGACAAAAUUCCAAUGCAACCUCUGAUGCACAAACCUGAAAAAGACAGGUGUCCUCAGCCUGGAACAAGGGAACGGGUACGAUUUAAUGAAAAAGUGCAGUACCAUGGCUAUUGUGCUGACUGUGAUGUUAGGUAUAAUAUUAAAAACAGGGAGGUUCACUUGCACAGCGAACCUGUUCAUACACUAGGAAAGCUUCCUCACCUAUGUCCUCAUUUACCACCACCACCUCCCCCACUUCCUCCUUUUCCACUAGAAAAUGGAGGAAUGGGAAUAAGCCCCAGUAGUAGUUUUCCCCCUCUCAGACCUGCAACUGUGCCUCCACAAACUGCACCAAAACCCCAGAAGACCAUCUUGAGGAAAUCGACCACUACAACAGUGUGAUGUAUCCCAUUUGGAAAACUGUUUUUUUAUGUAUAAACAUAAAAAAGUAAUGAGCACUUUCUACUCGAGCAAUAAAAAGCCCAAUAUAUUACAUCCUUUCUUCUGCAAAGUGGCAUGAAUACGACAUGAGCUCAGAUUUUGGAAGUUAAGCUGGAACGAUUUCCCCAGCUCCUCUCGAAGUCCCUGUGCCACCUCAAUUACCUGGAGAAGACCCUCACCAAACCCUGAGGGAUGAUACAGAAGGUGGGAGAGCUCAAGGAGGCAGCUCCUUCAGGCUGGAAGGAAUGUCAACAUUUGGAGGCAUAUUGGCCAGUUUCUUCCAUGACAAAUUCAAUGUUAACGAUUUCUUACAGGCUGGAUUUGAUUAUAACGACUAGGACCUCCUUAGAGCAUGGAAAUCCUUGAGCCAGAGCACAAUGGAUUACUGACGUAAUCUGCGUAAGCCACCAUCCUCAUAUCCAACAUCUAUGAGUUAAGACCUGAUAAAAACCACAGCCUUAAGUACAUUCAAACUGAAAGAAAAAAUGGAGGAGUUCAUAUCUUUCCUGCCACAAAAACAGCCAUCUGUUACUAAAGGAGUUCAAUACUAAGAAAUCAAGAAUAGUCAACAGUAAUCCUUUGGUCCAGCCAGUGUUCCAAAAGUAUUCAAAUAUAUGUAGCUAAACAAACAUAUUAAUGAUGAAGCACUUAAAAGGACUGCAGAAAAUUAAUGUUCCCAACAGAAGAUUAUCAUGUUGGGCAGAAAGAGAAGACCUUUGUUAUCCUUGUGCAAAUAUAAAGCCAUAGAAGGAGAGGGCCAAUGAUGCUGACAUGCUUGAAAGUAUACUGUCCUCCACCCAAAUGAUUCAUCUGUUACGGAUUGCAUCUCAACGCACUUCUAAUAUUUGCACUGUCACUUCCAUUCAGGGGAAUGAUGUAGGUCAUCAUUUGCACAGAUGGCCACAUGAAAUUUUAGCCCACACCAAGUAGUUCUCAGAGGGGCUACUAGAGAAAAUAAAAGAAAACCUAUCUUCAGAAGUGAAAAAUGCCAAUCUCACCCAGCUGGAAUCUUUCUCACAAGGCAAAUUGUCCUUCCUUAAGACUGAGAUUAUUAAAAAGCAUCAACAAGUUGACAUGGAUUUUACAGUGGAUCUAGUUUUUAAUACAUUUUGUAUCAUUGUAACAACCAAGAAAUUGACAUACAUGUUCCUAAUGAACAUGGACAGUAUAUUCCCAAUUAAUACAAAGAAAAACCAUUUGUACAACAUAUUUGACACAUAACAUUUUUAUAGCCAAUUAUCUGUCCUUCAUGGGAAAAUGUACCAGCUAAACAAGCAUUUUAAGUUUAUUUUUCUAAAUAAAUGUGGCAUUUGUAUAAUUUGUAGUCACACUUUUUUGUGAUUCUCAUUGCUCGCCCAUAUUUUUUCCUCCUCCAACCACCAAAAAGGGAUAUUUGAAGAUAAGAACCAAAACACUUGUUUUGCCAUGUUAAAUCAUAAUGAUUUGCAGAUGGAAAGCUUUAACAUAAAUAUUGUUUGCAGAAUUAUAAUGUAUAUUUCUACUGGAAACUAUGUAUAGAAAUCCCAGAAAGACUGUAUUUUAAUUUUUUAUUUCAAUACAUAGGUUAUUUUAAUAUUCCCAAGGAAGUGUUUCGUUAUGGUAGUUUGAAAGUUGUAGUUGGACAUAUUGUAGCAGAACAUGUUGAUCCACAAGUGGGUAACAGUUUUCCAAAAGGAGCGGCACAUCAAACAUUAUUGCAGGCCUAAAUGUAGAUGACAUUGAUGGUAGUCCAGCUUCUGCAUGUGCAAAUGGACACCCAAAAGUCAGAUGAACAAUGCUGUUAGCAUCCCUGUGCAGCCCUAAGAAGCAGUGCACAUAUGUUACAUAUGUGGCAGCCAUCUUUCUGACUUGUUGUGCUCUCUCAUGCCUUCCAGCAGGACAUCUAGUCAUCUUGGCCAAUGCUUGUGUGCCAGGCAUUGCUUUCUGAACCACAUCCUGGGAUCUGAGAUGGAUCAGUAAUACAGGUAGUUUGACUGUGCAGUGGCUUCUAGGUCCCAUAGCUAAAUACUGGUCAUGGAAUCUAAUUUGCAAAAGUGAACCAUGAUAAUUAGCUCCUUUCCAAAAUGCUGUCCCUUUCCCAAUAUCAGGGAUUCACUCAGGGCCAGGAUACAGCUACAUAUCAAUAUUUCCAGCCUCCCAAACAGACCAAAUCAUAUCUAUUUUCAUAAAUCCUAUCAUUGCCACAUCCUAGCUAGUGGAUAUGUUUCAGUUACUGUACUUAGUCUGGAUUUGAUGCAAAAAGAAUGAUUUCUAUAGAAUGAUUUCUACAGGCAUAAGGCACUUUUAUAAGUGGCACCUUUCUGUAUUUAUCGUAUCACCUCUGAAUGUUAACAAUGUAAUCUAUAAGGUAGAAAGGAGCCUUUUAUAAAUCAAAUAAUUCUGGUCAGUGUGGUCCUUUCACAAUAUGGAGAUAUGAAGUUCUAAUACAAAUUUUAGAGUCACAUAAAAUCUUCUUUAGAACUUAUUUAGAAAGCAAAGAUUGAGAUUCUUUUUUCAUGUAUUUUGUUCCUUUAGUACAUGUAUUGUGAGAUUUUAAAAUUUAUUGUCUUUUCUUCGUAACAAUGAGGGCUAAAAGCUUCCUUUGUGUUUUUUUUAACAUUAAAUCUGGAGUCUCAAGAUUCUAAUAGGUCACUAAUUGCAAAACCAUGUGGGCUGUAUAUAGCCCAGUGACUAUGUUUGUUCAUGCUCAAAAAGUAAAAUAACUUUUAGUGUGGUCUGAUUUGUAAAUUACAAAUCACCGCAGCAUAAUUUCAAGUGACUCUUGUAUAGCAGAAAUUUCUUUUCAAAUUAUAACCUGGUGCUGCUAAAGAUGCCAUUGUUGGAUCUGAUAAAGUUUGGGAAAUUGAAAGAGUGUAAAACUGUUUGAUAAUUUCAUCUAUAAUCUGCAAAUAGGAAGAGUCACUGUAUCCAUCCAAUGCAAUAUUUUGUUAUUAUCAAGUCAUAGAUUUCUUUGAUGCUAGACGUGUUUUGAAUAAAAAUAUAUAUUUUCCUUU